GGGGAAUUCCUCAUCUCUGUUUAUAAAAGGUUUGACUCCAUGCAUCGUUUUCUAAAUAACCUUGGACGCUGUCUUACCUGGUAAUACUUCUUCAUUACCUGUGAGGAUCUUGGCAGUUCUCGAAUGACCUUAGUUGUCUUACCUUAAGAUGUUUUACCUUCACUUGUGAGCACAGGAAGAACAAAAUGGACUUCUGAAUAUCAACUAGCAUCUUGAAGUGUACUUUGGUCUAUAAUCCACAACUCAGGUUAUGGCAUCAACAAGUCUGUUGAUAUCAAGAUUGCAUAAUCUUGUCAGAUAUGGCCAGUGGACUCAGAACGAUGCUGUGGAUUUGUUCACUGCCCUCGUGAAGGAAUACAGUGUCAGGAGAGUAAAGACUGAUUUCUACACAUGGAUGGCAAAAAUACUUUACCAAGUGGAAAUUCACAAGAUCAGCAAGUCAGAUUUGAAGAUUGAACCAAGCCAGAAUGUGGAUGGCAUUGAAGUUAGAAUUAAUGCUCUCGCUAGCAAAACAAAGGAGAAAAGCCUUAAACAAAUCCUUGAUGAAAUUCGAGCAGAAGGAAACACUGAUCAGAGUAUUUUAUGUCAAGUUGAAAACAUUGUGUCGUACGUGUCCUCAUCACCACCAUGUCCUGUUUCAAACAACCCGUCAGAUUUAAAGGAGAAGUUAGUGAUGCUAUGUAAAGCAGUAAACGAUACUAAAAGAUGGAAACCAAGGCUGACUCAGAUGGUGAGCUGGUGCAUCAUGGCUCUUUCUGAUUCCAGCCAGUUAAUCCAGGUUGGCACAGGAGAAGGAAAGUCAUGUAUAGUAGCCAUGUUUGCUGCAUAUCUUGCCUUGAAUGGACAAAAUGUUGACAUUAUCUCAAGUUCCCCUGUGCUUGCAGAGAGAGAUGCUAAGGAAUGGUGUUCAUUUUAUGAAAGACUGGGACUCACUGUAGAUUUCAAUACAAAUAAAUUAAAAGUUCAAGACUUGAGAAAGUGUUAUGCAUGUCAAGUGGUCUACGGCACAACUCAGGAUUUUGCAGGAGACUGGUUAAGACAGAGGUUCCAAAGAGAAAAUGUGAGACCUGGAAGAAAGUUUCAAAGUGUCAUAGUAGAUGAGGUGGACUCGCUCAUGUUGGACAAAGGUCUAGAGAUUGUAUACUUAAACAGCGAGAUGCCUGUCAUGGAGUCUUUAAAUGUAAUUUUAGCUAAGAUUUGGUUUGUUGUCAACCAGAAUGAAGGUCUGAAUGUAGAGAAGACACUAGAUCUCAUUCGCUCCUCACUAAUGGAAGACGAUUCAGACUUACUGCCAUCAUACAGAUAUUCAGAUAUCUUCACAGAUACAUUAAAGCUGGAGUGCAGUGAAAGCCACAUCCCAGGUUUUCUAGAGCACAUAAAUGGGAGGCUAAAAAUAUGGAUUGAAAAUGCAUUUCUUGCCAAAAAGAUGAUUUUAGGGCAUGAAUACAUUCUGCAUGAGGGUGGUGUCAUUCCUGUAGAUUACAGAUCUACAGGAGUUGUGCAAAAUAACAUGAAAUGGGGAGACGGACUUCAGCAAUUCCUUGAAAUGAAGCACCAAGCCAAGCUGUCAAAUAUGUGCAUUAUAACAAAUUUCAAGUCCAAUGUAAGUUUAUUCAGAAGCUAUGAACGGAUUUUUGGGCUCACAGGAACUUUGGGAAACCGAAGCGAACUUGAUUUGCUGCAGAACCUGUACCCUGGCAUUAAAACAUGCAAAAUCCCACCAUUCAAACGAAGGAAACUUUACGAGAAAGACGGCAUUGUUAGUAUUGAUGAAGAUGGGUGGUUACAAACAAUCUGUAAGGUUGUUAAUAAGAAAGUAAAUUCCACAGCCUACCGAGAUUCAAGAGCAGUCUUGGUCAUCUGUGAAACUAUUAAACGAGCACAAACUGUCCAUGAUGCACUCUCAAAAACCAUUCUAACAGACAAAUUGAAACUGUACACAAAUAACAAUAUGGACAAUUCAAAGGUUACAGGUGAAAAGGUCACAGAAGGUUGUGUCAUUGUUGCAACCAAUCUGGCUGGUCGUGGGACUGACCUCAAAGUCUGUAACAACGUAAAUGUUUCAGGGGGUCUGUUUGUGGUGCAGACUUUCUUGCCCCUUAAUAUCCGUGUUGAGCAACAAGCCUUUGGUCGAACUGCACGAGAAGGAAACCCUGGUUCUGCCCAGCUCAUUAUGUGUUCUACUCACUUCUCUGAGUCAGUCAAACUCAUGAUGGCAUUACAGUCACCUCUCAGGUUACUUACCCUUCUGAGGCAUCUAACAGACACUAUAGCUGUGUCAGGAUCCUCUGAAAAGAAGUUUGAAUAUACCCUUAUAAUUUGUCAGAAAGACCCCAAUGAAAAGAACUGUGAGGCCAUGGUGAAAGAACUUAGAAAAUUGUUAAAUAUUGAAAAGCCAAGUGAUUUAACUAACAUGGAAAUGGAAAAACAGUCUAGAGAUUUAAUUGUGCAAACAAGACUGUCACAUAUUCUUGAAGAUGACAUACCAAAAAUCACCAAAAAGGAGGACCUCUUUUCUGACUAUCUUGACAUGUUGGACACCAUUUACGAACAGCCUCAGAGAGGCAACCAUGAAGAUAUUGUGUCUUCCCUUCAUGAGUGCUGGGGUAUGUGGCUUCUGAUGAAGUUCAAUGAGAAUGAAUCGACUGAAACAUUAAGAAAGCAGUUACAGAAAGACUUGCAAUGUGCAAAGAAAAAACUGGAUUGUAAACAGUCCCCUUCUUCUAUGAUCUACCAUUACGUAAGAACUGGCAACACACUCCGCAACAAAGGAUCCAUUGCAGACAGCAUUGAGAUGUACACAAGAGCCAUUGAAAACAAUCCUUGCUGGCCUGCUAUUGCUUUGUACAAUCGUGCAUUGUCCAUUCUGUCUAAGAAAAAUAGUGGCCAUAUUGCUCAAGCAUUGGCAGAUCUGAAAAAAGCUGAGGAGGCAGUAGACUCCUACAUGAGAAAGUUGACAUUGACUUUGAUCUUUGUGAAAAGCUCCAGCAAAGAUCCCAGUUUGUCUUCUGACAAGUCACUUACCAAGCAAUUUACAGCCAAGCAAAUGGUACAACAUCUAUUCAAAAACAAUAUCCAGCAAGCAAUAAAUGUGUUGCAGAUAGCUGAAAGUAAAGGUUAUGAUGUACAGAUAACAGAGUACCCAGUGGCAUUGCUGACGCUGGACCCUGUGCUUUUUAGAUCAAAUGAAUUUACUGAGGUUAUCCGAUUGGUUGUCGCCCUAUCCAAGGUGUCCCAUGCCUUGUUGUCAGAGUCUUCUAGGAUUGGCUCAAGUAUAGAAAAUAGACUGACUGAAGGAGUUACCGAGCUGGACCGAGAGAUAAUUCAUCUCCACUCAUUGGGACUAGACACCCUCUUCUCAGUACGAACUGUGUUUUCUUUUUUUAAACGUUUGAGUAAAAUAUUCAGUUAAAGGCUCAGCUAAACUGUUUGACAAACAUUUUCAGCACAUACCUUUUUGGCAACCAGUGGGGACGAAGUAUACUGACGUGCUGAAUUAGAAAGACAUUUAGACAUUUAUUUAAAUAUGUUUUUAAAAUCAUCUUUGUAACUACUGUGAUUAAAUCAAAUUGCCAGACAUUGGUGGCAGAAGUAACAGUACUCCUUGCUUAAGCCAAUACAUAUAAAUAAAUAAAUAAAUAAAUAAAUAAAUAAAUACAUACAUACAUACAUACAUACAUACAUACAUACAUACAUACAUACAUACAAGCUCCAAUUGUCACUCCUACAUUUGAUUGAUGGGAAUAUGAUGAUUUUACUGAUGAUCAUACCUGUAACAUGCUUCAAGGGUCUAUUCAUGACCCUAUUUUAUAUUCUUUCUAGUUUUAAUUUCUUUGUUGUUUCCAUUUGAUGGCAACAGAUUAGAAGAUUUUUAGACAAAUCCUGCUGUAUGGGGCCACUUUAACUUCAUAGCUCCAGAGUCACAGGUUUAAUCCAGCUCAGGUUAUAGUCUGUGUAGAGUUUCCACAUGUUCUCUAGUUUCCUCUCACUGCUAAACUGCCCCCAAGUGUGUGUGCAUGGUACCCCGCAAUGGACUGGUGUUCUGUCUGGUGUGAACUCUCCCACCUUCACCCAAGCGUCAUAACCCAGACCAGGAUAAAGCUGUUACUGAAGAUGAUUAAUGAAAUCUGUCCUUUUGUGACAUGAAGAAGGCUAUUUACUUGUCUGUGUCAAUGUGUAUGGAUUAUUGCAGUAUACAUUUUUUUGUUUUACUUCCAUUUGUCAUUGUGUUCUGGAGCGCAAAUUAAUAUAGAACACACCACCUUGUUUUCUUGGGUUUCAUUGGGCACUUUUACAUAACAUGUUAAAACCCAUUCAUAAUCUCUCAUUUUUAUGAUUGUAACUUUGGAUAUCUUGAUUUUUUAUUAAGUAGUGUGGAGAACUUUGUUACUAAGUAGUUAAUUACUUUGUGUUUUACCUCAGACUAGUACCUUUGCUCUUGCUUUAUGAAGUGACCAAUGAUAUGAUCAUAUGACUUAUUGAUCAUCUACAUGUCUUAUUGUUAUAGUUUAUUACAAGUCGUUUUUGAUUCACCAUUUAGACCUGUUUGUCUAGUAUUAGUAACACUCCUGAGUACCGGCAUAAUAGUCCUUUGUGUCUCUCUUUGUGAAUCACUGGGUAUACGUUACUCUGGUACGACUGCAACAGUGACUUUUUAAGUUUUAAGUUGUAAUGAAUGGAAUUUGAUCAUUCUUUUGUACAUUUUGCGUUGUUCCUCACUGUAUCUGGAACUCUACCUAUUGUACUCACUGUCUAUUUAUAAUAAAUUGUCGUAGAA